CAGCGUUAUACGUAGGAGGAAACGGCAAAAGCUCACAGUCAGUGGCUCGCCCAACGGCAUGAGGUCCCACCUGGUCGUUUUCCUCGCAGCAGUUUUGGCCGUAGCAGACGCUGACAGGGGGAUGAUCACGGAAAAAAUAGAGGAGUUGAGUGACGCAAUCGAGAUCGAGUUGCGUGGCAUGGAGAGCGGCGCCAGGGACGGCUUCCUCUCUAACCUUUCGACUGCUAUUGCAUUGGCACUGCAGGCGAUCGGAGAACGGCUUCCGGAAGUUCCAUACGGCCAGAAGGAAAGCGUCAACGCGGCCCAGCAGGAACAAGAGGAAGACAUUGAUUGAGCCAAACGAAAAACACGAGCGUGCAAGAGGGAAAAAUAUCAAUCCUCUCUGUCAAAGGAAUUCGAUGUAUAAACAAACAAAAAUACACGAAUAAGUUAUUU